AUGUCUAACCUCAACAUCCUCAUCUCUGGUUCCGGCAUCGCGGGUGGUGUCUUCGCAUUCUGGCUGCUCCGUGCCUAUCCCAACGCCAACAUCACGAUAGUUGAGCGGGGUCCUUCCCUCCGUUUAACUGGUGCCAGUGUCGACAUACGCAGCUCAGCCGUGGAUAUCAUUAAAUGGAUGGGCGUAGAAGAGGAGAUCCGGAAUCACGCGACAAAAGAAGAGGGCAUACAAUUCGUAACAGCAGAUGGCAAAGCCGUGGGAACACUCGGGGCGUCAGGCAGAACAGACGUUCAGAGCAUCACAUCCGAGUUCGAGAUCUUCCGCGGGGCGCUUGCGAAGAUUUUCAUCGAGCCAAGCAUAGACCGCGUGAAACUCAUAUUCGACGAGUAUGUCGACCAGUAUGAACAGCAUGACGAUGGAGUGAUCGUUACUUUCGCAAAGAGCAAGGAAGUGAAGAAAUACGACCUACUCGUGGCCGCAGAUGGCCUUAGCUCGAAGAUUCGCGGCAUGAUGCUAAACACCAAACCGCAAGAGCAAUUCUACGACGAGGGCGUUCAUGUAGCAUAUUUCACCAUCAAGAGCGAUAUGCUACAGGGAAGCCGCCUGGCAAAGUGGUACAACGGGACGGGUGGUUGCGUUGUUCUCCUACGACCCGAUCCAGAUCCUGCGGGCCGUACGAGAGGCAAUCUCCUGAAAGUGACCACGAAGGGAGAUGUUGAAACGAAGGAGAGACUCAAUAAAGCUCUUGCCGAAGGGAACGAAAGCUACAUGAAGUUGAUGGAAGAGAUGUACCAUGAUGCAGGCUGGAUUGUGCCAGAGGUGCUGAAAAGCAUGCGCGAAAGCGAGGACUUCUAUUGCUCUCUAUUCGGGCAGGUCAGAUCACCCAAACUACACGAUGGCCGGGUGGUCCUGCUUGGAGAUGCCGGCUACGCAACGCCUGGCUUUGGCACCAGUCUCGCAAUCACUGGCGGCUAUGUCCUUGCUGGAGAGCUGUUGAAUCACCCUGGCGAUGUCAAAACCGCCUUGAAGCGGUAUGAAGAGCUUAUGCUACCGUUUGCACAGGAUUCGCAAGGCGGGGAUUCUGCGAUGCAAAUACUCAAUCCACAGACACAGCGAGGCAUUAGAAUCAGGAAUGUGAUUCUAGGUUUCGUGACAUCGAUGAAGCUGGAUAGGCUGGCGAUGACCGUAGCGUCGGCGCUGGGCAUUGUACAGAAGAAAAUCCCUAUGCCCGAUUAUCAAUGGGUGGUUAAAUGA